UCAGUUAGAGCAUCUUUUGCAUAAUUAUUGUCUACACGCUCUUCCAUAUUACUCAAUAAACUCAGACCAGAGCACAGAGUAAAGCCGGAUUGACAAUUAGCAUUCUCUAAAGAUUCAAGUACCUUAUCCUUCAGAGCUUCCUCGGCCUCGUCUAGGGCAGCUUCGUGUCUGGCGUAGGCAUCCAUGAUGUUCUGGUAGUUGGCGUACUGUGUAGACGUUUCAAACAAACGGCGCUUAUAUAUAAGUUAAGCGAGGAGGUAUUAAGAAACGAAGAAACGUUAAGCGCUGAAAUUAAUGUGUAUUUUUAAUAAAUGGUGAGUUCAGAGUAUGCUAAAUAUAAAAUUUAAUAAGUAUUUAAAGUAUAGUUAACGGAACCUUAGUGUGUAUAUAGCGCGUAUUGAAAAUUCUCAGAUAUGUGGUCGCUUUAUUUUGAGAUUAGAGUUUGAUGGAUCGUCACAUGCGAGUAAAUACUUUAAACACGCUAUCAAUCAAGCUAAACUUCUAGCGAUUGUAAGAUAAGCUGCUUAAUUCCGACGCUCUGGCAAAGAUUAGUUUAUCAAAUUUUUAAUCUGUAGAAUUUAGAUAAGUCAUUUGCGCCGAACGUUUCUACUGUGACUAUCAGUUUCGCUUUAAACAUGAUGGCGGGCGUAUGUCGGGAGGCCGGGCUCCCGUCUUCGUAUGCAGAUUUGCUAAAUAAACGCACUCAUUGUGUUUUUCUCAAAGAAAUCGAUUUAGUUUCGCGUGGCAUCGAGGAGUACAUUAGAAGAAAUGAACAUAUUUGUGACAAGACGGUGGUUGGGCUAGUAUCAGGUCUGCGUCGUGUUUUGAAAUCUCUAAACUCCAAGAGGAAGAAAAUUCAGAAGAAAUUAUGCUGGUUCGCCGUCAACGGUACUGAUACUGAGUGUACAAAAUGCAAAUUGUGUCAACAACAAUUUAAUUCUAGUUUUCAUCUAGGCGAACAUAUAUUAAAGGUUCAUCAAUAUAAAGUGAGUGAAUUAAUGAAAGAUGGUGACGAAGACGUGCAGUUUCGCAAGUGGUACCAGGAGGUUGUUCCAGCCAAGAUGUCUCGAUACAGCUUCGCUUCAUCAUCCGCAGGAAGCGUUUGCAGUGAUGUCAUCCCGGAGCCACACAACAAGGUACCUGUUACAAAGAGUGCUGUAGUAGAAUCUGAAGUUGCCGAGCCUGAGCAUGUGGAACCUGCCACUAUUGCUGCAAGUGUAAAUGAACUCGAAGAUGAUUUUAUCACAGAUCUAUUGUCUGAAUUAGAGCCUUCCAAUAAAUAUGUAAAUUGCACCAGCGAAGUGGAUAAGGAACUUUCAGAUACAUUAUCAAUUCUAGCGGGUGGCAUGGAUGCAUUAAUUGUAGAACAACCAGCACCGCUAUCGACCAUCAACAUAGAUGAUAUAAGGCCAUCGUCAUCCCCUACAACACAGAGCACUUCUAGCCCAAAACGCGAAAAGCGAAAAGAUACAUCUCCAGCCAAAAAACAACCAAGAAUAGACAAGAUGAUUCUUCCAGAAUCGCCACCGCCAUCAUCAAAGGCAACAGACGACGAAUCCAAACAUCAUCAUCCCCCAGCCCGAUCACCAAAUCCAAACAGGAGGGAUACGCCGGAAUCACCGCCAUCCAUUGACAGAGGUCCUCCGAUACAUGAGCAAGACCCCACGCCACCACCCUCAACCACCACUGGAUCACCGCCACCAUCGCCUCAACGUCAACCUUCGCCUCCUCCUCGACGCGAAGCAUCACCAUCACCCUCCGAAUCCUACUCGGUGGUGUCGUCCACAUCGAGGGAAGAAGACCAACGUUCAGCGCCCUCGCCACGAGUGGAGCGGGCGCCGUCCGUAUCUUCCUCGUCAUCGUCAUCGUCAUCCUCAUCCUCGGAUGACGAGCCACCGCCACCCAGCAUCCCCCCACCACCAAAGCGCCCAACAAAACGUACGCGUCCCGCCAGUAGUAGUGUACAAAAGGAAAAGAAGGUUAAAACAGAUACUCAAAAGCCGCCCGUUUCAAAGUCCAAAGCGUCAAAAUCUGCCGCCAAAAAACCGAAAUUAGUUUCAACUAAUAAUGAGCAACCAAGCAAAAAACGUAGUCCUCCUAAAAACCCAGAAUAUAAGCUAACGCGAUCAAAAAUUUAUAAUUUAGGCAUAGAGGCCCAAUUGAUAAAAUUAAAAUUAACUGCCGGGUUUGAGUUGGCAAAGAAAUUAAGUUCAGAAGCCUUUGUUCCACCAGCAGAGCGGGUGCCCAAAAAAGGUAAGAGGAACACAAAUAAAAAGCCUCCGGGUAUAAUAGCUCCCAAAUACAAAAGAAAAGUGUCCAUUCCAAAAGGUUCCAAACCCCCUACCUGGCGAGAUGUUUUCCAAGAUGUCACGGGGGGGAAAGGAGUUAAAACAUCUCCGUAUUCAGGUUAUCAAAUGAUGAAAAACUUUAUUACUCAGGUAGAACUUUGCGUAAAGCGCGAGGAUAACAGUUGCGUGAUGUCGGGUGACCGCCUUUUUGAAUUGUUCAAAGAUGAGAUUCCCGCAGUCGACACUUAUCAUUCCAACGACGGAGAAGAUGUUAUCUUUCCUAAGAUUUUCCUACAAAUAUUCGUGAAUAGUUUUUUGUGCAAAUUAGCGUGCGCAAUGUUCAUUCAAGCAACCUCCCGCAAAGCCCUGAAAUGUUCAGAGCAAGACCUGAGCACCACCCUGGCUCUUGACCAAAGCAUGUAUGGACAGGAAUCCCAACUGGAUCCUUCGGUAAUGACCGCCUCGAAAUGGACACACGUCCCAUCCCCAAAAGAAAUUUAUUCCCUCAUAUUCUUUGCACAAUGGCUUAUGAUAGACACUCCUCCCACAUCCACAGGCGCCGCCGUGGAUAUGUUGGACGACGAGAACCCGGUAAUGCACAGAUUGUUAAACUUUACCGUUCUCUAUCCGGGCCUUCACGCCCUGCGAAGUGUAAUGUUCAGAGUUUUGAAGGGCAUCAUAGCUCAUGUCCGCGUACUAAACUCCAAAGAAUCGUGGGUGAGUUGGAUAAAGUCAGAAAAAUCUAAUGUCGUAUAUCCUCUGGCUCAUUUGGUACAAGACGUUGCUAAUUUUGCCCUUGUUGUGACGGAGCAUUGUUUGGAUCAAGACUUGGACGUUGGAAAUUUGAUUGGAGAGGUGUUGGAGCGUGCUGUACGUUCUCCGUAUUCAAUUUGUAAUGACUUGGAUGAUUUUAUAAAUAAAAUUUCUAGAAACUAAUUAUUUUUUU